UAUACGGAAUAUAUAUCAUCAAAUUAAACUAGCUCAUCCUUAAAUAUAUGGACAGUCUUGCAGCUGAACUGAAGAAUAAUCCAAAUCAAAGAUGACAGAGAAAGAAGUCCUCCUCCCAGUGACCAUGAAUGGUCUCAGUCAAAGCAAACCAGGAUCCAAUAAUUCUCCUCCUAAUAAGAAAAAGCGAAACCUUCCAGGAAACCCAGGCAAGAAUACAUCAAGUCUAGCUCCCUAGCCUAUAUCUCUCAAAUAAUCAAUACAUAAUAUGUUCAUUUAAUUAUCUCUUGUUGAUUAUUUCUAAUUCCUUCUUCUUUUAUUAGAUCCAGGAGCUGAAGUGAUCGCUCUGUCGCCAAAGACGCUGAUGGCAACAAACAGGUUUGUGUGUGAAGUAUGUGGGAAAGGGUUCCAGAGAGACCAGAAUAUGCAGCUUCACAGAAGAGGGCACAAUCUGCCAUGGAAGCUAAAGCAAAGGAGCAGCAAAGAAGUGAGGAAGCGGGUGUUCGUCUGCCCGGAAAUGAGCUGCGUCCACCACCACCCUUCCCGGGCUCUCGGCGACCUCACCGGAAUCAAGAAGCACUACUUCCGGAAGCAUGGCGAGAAGAAGUGGAAAUGCGAAAAAUGCGAAAAACGCUAUGCCGUACUAUCUGAUUGGAAAGCCCAUUCCAAGACUUGUGGGACUAAGGAAUACAUAUGUCACUGUGGUGCUCUUUUCACUAGGAAGGAUAGCUUCAUAACGCAUAGGGCGUUUUGUGAUGCAUUAGCAGAGGAGACAGCAAGACUAUCUGCAGCUUCCCAUAACAUGAACUACAACUUAAUUCUCAAGCCAUCAAUAAUCAGCAACAUUGAAGAAAACAUGAACCAAAUAAUGCAAGGGAAAGAGCAGCUUCUUCCACUGUGGAUGAGUAAGGAACCAUCCCAAGGACAAGAAAGAUCAUCAUCAUUUAUGUUUCCUAAUAGUUCUAGCCACCUCCAUCAAGAAUUCCAAUCAUUUUGUUCUGAUCCUCACAGUAUUGUCACUUCCUGCUCAGACCCUAUUCCUGAAUCCAGUUUCCAAAUGAACUGGGAUCUCAUUGGGAACAAGAUUAUCGAUCCCUCAAACAAUACUAAUAAUAACGAUGCUGAUGACGAGGAGUUGGCAGGAAAUGUGAUUAUUAAGGAGAAUGGGAAUCCCAUGCAGGCCCAGGUAGUCACUUUUCCAUCCUUGUUUAGGAGCCAGUUCGAAAACCGGUCAUCGUUCUCUCGCCAAACGCAGCCCGUUACGACAAACAUGUCAGCAACCGCUUUGCUACAGAAGGCUUCUCAGAUUGGAUCCACCACAAGUACUGACCGUUCAUUGUUCCUAGGAAGCCUAGGGUUGAAGUUUGACAGCAACCAUGUUGUUCAUCAUCAACAUUAUGGUAAUAACAGUAAUAAUAAUGGCAGUAAGUUUUCAGCAGGAGUAUUAUCAUAUGAAGCAGCCUCAUCAGUUGUCAAUGGUCAUCAUAAUGAUAUGGAGAGCUCAGUGAAUAAUGUUUUCUCAGCUUGGGACCAACUCCAGAUGUACCCCUCCAAGCGCAGGUACAUACAGAAUGAAGAUUGCACAGGAGGAGGAGGGCAAACUAGGGAUUUCUUGGGAGUUGGAGUACAGUCAUCAAUCUGCAACCCUUCAUCGGUUAAUAGAUGGAUAUGAUCAUAUGGGAAGAAAAUAAAGAAAAGCUAAUGAGGUGCUGACAACAAAGUGGAGAGGGAUGUACGUGGAAAAUUAAAAGAGAGGGUUUUAAUAUAAUAUUUGGCAAACUUUGCAGGGCAGAAAAGGUGGCAUUUGAGUGCUGGAAAGGGGCAAAUAAAAGUUGGUCUUUGGAAAAAGAGGAUUAUAAUAUCCAAGCUAAGCUAAGUGUUGAUCAAUCAAAGGAGCUGAUCGAGGCAGAUUCCUGCAUAUUCUACUGAACCAUCCUCAAUAUGGGUGUUCAAUUCUCUUUAUAAAAUGGUGGCCGGCUUUAAUUUUCUUGUUAAAAGGGAGGUGGAGCAGUGGGACAAAGCAAAAGGGACCCCAACCUUUUCAACUCCAUUAUUGCUGUUUUUCAUAUUUGUUAACUACUUCAAUUCAAUUCUCUACAUGCAAUCAUAACUAUAUUAUAUUUAUGCCAAAAAUCCAAAAGGCAAUUAUUGCCCUCUAGCUUAACCAGUAAGUUUCUUUUCAUGUUUGUUAGAGCAUCUCCAUUCAUGCUCUCUAAAUAAACGAUUUU